CCAGACUGUCCAGAUGCGGGCGCCACUCUGCCUGCUGCUGCUCGUCGCCCACACCGUGGACAUGCUCGCCCUGAACCGAAGGAAAAAGCAAGUGGGCACUGGCCUGGGGGGCAACUGCACGGGCUGUAUCACCUGCUCAGAGGAGAACGGCUGCUCCACCUGCCAGCAGAGGCUCUUCCUGUUCAUUCGCCGGGAAGGUAUCCGCCAGUACGGCAAGUGCCUGCACGACUGUCCCGCUGGCUACUUUGGCAUUCGCGGCCAGGAGGUCAACAGGUGCAAAAAAUGUGGGGCCACUUGCGAGAGCUGCUUCAGCCAGGACUUCUGCAUCCGGUGCAAGAGGCGGUUUUACUUGUACAAGGGGAAGUGUCUGCCCACCUGCCCGCUGGGCACCUUGGCCCACCAGAACACACAGGAGUGCCAGGAGGAGUGCGAACUGAGCCCCUGGGGCAGCUGGAGCCCCUGCACACACAACGGGAAGACAUGUGGUGCAGCCUGGGGAAUGGAGACCCGGGUCCGAGAGGCCACCCAGACAGGGCGGGAAGAGGCAGCCACCUGCCAGGUGCUGUCUGAGUCAAGGAAAUGUCCCAUCCAGAGGCGCUGUCAUGGAGAGAGAAGCCCCAGCCAGAAGAAGGGCCGGAAGGACCGGCGCCCGCGCAAGGACAGGAAGCUGGACCGCAGGCCCCAGAACCCCCAGGAUGGGGCGCUCCAGACUUGUACAUGCCACUACCUGCUGGCCUGA